UUCAGACAAACUGUCCUGUCAGUAGAACAAGAGCACGCCUCAGGAAAUUGCAGCCCAGCCUCCUGACAUAUACUAGGCUUCACAAGCCACUGCCUCCCUGACUUGACUGCCAGCUCUUGGACUUAUCAGACAUGGCUAGACAUCUGCUCAAUACAACGGACGAAUAUGCUGAAUACUAUGGUUACAGUGAAAGUGAUAUUGCCACGCCCUGCAACAACGGCAAUGUACGGGCUUUCGGCCAAGUCUUCCUCCCAACCCUCUACAGCAUCGUCUUCAUCCUGGGAUUCAUUGGCAAUGCCCUGGUGGUGUGUGUCCUUUUCAAAUUCCACAAGACCUCUAAUAUGACGGAUAUGUGCCUCCUUAACCUGGCCCUGUCUGACCUGCUGUUCCUCAUCUCUCUGCCUUUCUGGGCUCACUACGCUGCCCUCAACGAUUGGACCUUUGGGAAUUUUAUGUGCCGGUCUGUAACGUUCUGUUACAUGCUGGGCUUCUACGGCAGCAUCUUCUUCAUGAUCCUCAUGACAGCAGACCGUUAUUUUGUCAUCGUCCAUGCCAACACCUCCCUUUUUUCCAAGCGCCGGUCAGUGAAAGCCGGCAUAUGCAUGUGUAUAUUCAUGUGGACUCUCAGCCUAUUAGCUUCUCUGCCAACCAUCAUAUUCUCACAAACGAAGAACGAGACGAACGGAGUCACAUGCAAGGCAGAAUAUACAGACGAUGUGUGGAGGAAAGUCAGCUACAUGAAAAUGAACAUCCUUGGCUGGAUGCUUCCUCUCUUCGUCAUGCUGUAUUGCUACGGUCGGAUCAUCCCCAAACUGAUCUCCAUGAAAUCUCAGAAGAGGCAUAAAGCCAUCAGGCUCAUCCUGAUCUUGAUCCUGGUUUUCUUUGUCUUCUGGACUCCCUAUAACGUGGUUAUGUUCCUGUACUUUCUUCAUUACUCUGGAUAUUUUUACAGUUGUGGCUGGCAGAGUGGUCUCGGCUUGGCCAUGCAGUGGGCCGAAACCAUCGCCUUCAGUCACUGCUGCCUCAACCCCAUCAUCUACGCCUUUGUGGGGCAGAAGUUCAGGACAUUAGUCAUCAAGACCCUGAAACAAUGGUUUCCGAGUGCCUUCAGGCACUGCGUUACGAUUACCAGCGAGAUAUCAGAGAGGAGGAGUUCAAUGUAUUCCAUGCGCUCCUCUGAAAUAUCAACCACAAAAAUUAUGUAGCUGCAGUGGGUCCAUGCUAGCAUGGUGACAUCAGAGAAAAUCAAAUCUGCAAAGCCUCACAUGCUAUCUCUACUCUCUGUUUUGGUACAAUUCUGAGUGCAGCUCUUUUUUCGGGGCAUGAUAGCAUUUUUCCACUUGUUGAUAUCAUAUAUCUCUUUAACUCUAGCUGUAUCACUUAACUGCUGGUUGCGAGGCUUGUUAUGGCUUGCGAAUGUAAUUAAUCCAAUAUCUACUAUAAAGAUAGAAAGCGGAUACGCUUUGUGAGGAAAGAUGUGGUCGUCUGGACCUGUCAGUCCACAAGUCUUUAAAUCUCAGGGUUUUAACUUCCUAAACUCCACAGAACCACUGCAAUAAUUUGCUUUUACCAGUUCUUGAGCUGCUCUAUAAUUUUGGAAACAACUCACCCAGUUUGCACUGCUUGGUUUGCAUGUAUUUACCAGUAUACCCACAUUCUUUUAAUAAGUUUAAUAAGGUCAGGGAGCUUAAGGGGUUAAUGCAUCAUUUUAUGCUUUGCAUUAUUUUAGACUGCAGUGCUGCCUGUGAUUUAUAAAGAAGAAAAAGAUGUCAUUUAUUUGUAUUUAGUUGAAUGUAUUUGCCGAAUGUGCCAGUAGUAAAACAUGUUCUCAUGUUCUAUAAAGUCUUUUUAAUUUUUCAGUAAUUGAGAUUGUCUACUGAAUAACCAUAUAUUGACCAUUUAUCCUCUUUAGGAAAAGUUUGUUAUUAUUUAAUACUGUUGAAAGCUAUUUGAAGGUCCAAAAAUUAAAGAUGCAAAAAUAUAACAAACGAUUAAUUCAUUAAUUAUAAAUUAAUUUCUAAAUUAUGAAAAAUUAAUUUGAAGAAAAAAACAUAAGGUUUGAUAUAUUGUUAUUCAAUGAAAGGGCUCAUAUCUGUGUAUGUGACUGUGUAAAGAAAUGUUGUUGACUUCUUGUAUGAAAUAUUUUUUAAAUAAAUACUUGCCUUGCUUUUGUUUACAA